ACUUCCGGUGAGCCUCUGGGGCGUACCGGCUUGGCGCUGCGGCGGCGGCGGCUAGGAGAGCGGUCGGCGGGGUUCCUUCGUUGCAUUGCCCGAGAGAAGCGGAGUCUGCGAGGUGGUGUCCAUCAUGUUCUCUUUCAACAUGUUCGACCACCCGAUUCCCAGGGUCUUCCAAAACCGCUUCUCCACACAGUACCGCUGCUUCUCUGUGUCCAUGCUAGCAGGGCCUAAUGACAGGUCAGAUGUGGAGAAAGGAGGGAAGAUAAUUAUGCCGCCCUCAGCCCUGGACCAACUCAGCCGACUUAACAUUACCUAUCCCAUGCUGUUCAAACUGACCAAUAAGAAUUCGGACCGCAUGACGCAUUGUGGCGUGCUGGAGUUUGUGGCUGAUGAGGGCAUCUGCUACCUCCCACACUGGAUGAUGCAGAACUUACUCUUGGAAGAAGGCGGCCUGGUCCAGGUGGAGAGCGUCAACCUUCAAGUGGCCACCUACUCCAAAUUCCAACCUCAGAGCCCUGACUUCUUGGACAUCACCAACCCCAAAGCCGUAUUAGAAAACGCACUUAGGAACUUUGCCUGUCUGACCACCGGGGAUGUGAUUGCCAUCAACUAUAAUGAAAAGAUCUACGAACUGCGUGUGAUGGAGACCAAACCCGACAAGGCAGUGUCCAUCAUUGAGUGUGACAUGAACGUGGACUUUGAUGCUCCCCUGGGCUACAAAGAACCCGAAAGACAAGUCCAGCAUGAAGAGUCGACAGAAGGUGAAGCCGACCACAGUGGCUAUGCUGGAGAGCUGGGCUUCCGCGCUUUCUCUGGAUCUGGCAAUAGACUGGAUGGAAAGAAGAAAGGGGUAGAGCCCAGCCCCUCCCCAAUCAAGCCUGGAGAUAUUAAAAGAGGAAUUCCCAAUUAUGAAUUUAAACUUGGUAAGAUAACUUUCAUCAGAAAUUCACGUCCCCUUGUCAAAAAGGUUGAAGAGGUGAGUGUAUUUCCUUGUAUUUCCUUGGUUGGUAGUGAGAUUUAUUUGCUAGUGAUGACUGAAGUUCUUGGCAUUCCAAGUAGGGGUGUGUAUUAGUCUGUUUCCAAGCUGCUGGUAAAGACAUACCCGAGACUGGGCAAUUUACAAAAGAAAGAGGUUUAAUGGACUUACAGUUCACAUGGCUGGGGAGGCCUCACAAUCAUGGCAGAAGGCAAGGAGGAGCAAGUCACAUCUUACAUGGAUGGUAGCAGGCAGAGAAAAAGCUGGUGCAGGGAAACACCUCCUUAUAAAACCAUCAGAUCUCAUGAGACUUAUUCACUAUCACGAUAACAGCACGGAAAAGACCUGCCCUCAUGACUCAGUUACCUCCCACCGACUCAGUUACCUCCCACCUGGUCCCUCCCACAAGACGUGGGAAUUCGAGAUGAGAUUUGGGUGGGGACGCAGCCAAACCACAUCAGGGUGUCAUGUUUUCCCUUUCCUAGGGUCCCUCUGCUCCCUGGUGUCCUGUUUUUUUAUGUAGAGCUGGUGUGGGAUGUGUGAAA